UCCCACCCCACCCCGGGCGAAUUGCUGGUGAGAGAUCUGGGGGUUGCACCACAGUGGAUCUGCAGAGAAGCUGCCAACCUCUGCUCCUGCAACAACUCAAACUACUUCUACAACUAUCGCUACUCCCACACUGGUGUUUUUUUUUUGGCAGAUCAUGUCCUGUGAAGAUAGCUGCUAAAUCUCGACAUGUCCUAUUAAACCAAAGGGAUGCAAGUUCCAGAAAUCUCCCUCUACUCAUGUUCUUCUUCUCCGCCACUGCAUCACCAAUCCUCCUCUCUUGGCUCCCCCACCGCCCCCAUCCACCACUCUGGAGACAUGCUUAGCUCACUGAUGUCCGAUGGAGGAGGAGCUCGAGAAACCCACCCUCAUCCCAGUCAUCACCACCCGAGCCCUCAAAACGGCCUAAUUUCCUCGACUAUCCAUGCUCGACAACUGUUGAUCAGCUGUGCCGACCUUGUCCACCGCGGCGACCUCCCUGCUGCUGACCGCGCGAUCUCCAUCCUCUCUGCAGCAGCAUCCCCCUGUGGCGAUUCCACCGAACGCCUCAUCCGCCAAUUCUGUCGUGCCCUCUCCGUCCGCGUCGGCCGCGUUUCGCCCUCCGCUGAAUCUUUGGGUUCCCUCCGAUCAUCAUACUUGUCCUUCAACCAAAUCUCCCCAUUCCUCCGCUUCUCGCACCUCACCCCAAACCAGGCAAUCCUCGAGGCGGUUGAUGACCACCGCCAGAUCCACAUCCUCGACUUUGACACCUAUUACGGCCUGCAAUGGCCGCCUCUCCUUCAGGCCAUCGCUGAGCGCUCCGAUCCCAGUGAUCCUCCCUUCAUUCGUAUCACCGGAACCGGAAGCAACCUGGAAGUCCUCCGACGAACCGGUCACCGGCUUCAAAACUUCGCGCACUCUUUGGGCCUAGGGUUCCAGUUCCACCCUCUUCUCCUCCAUCCCACAAGCACCAGUUUGAAUUUCACCCCCUCUCCUUUCCGACUCCAUCCCGGCGAGACCCUUGUGGUGAACUGUGUACUGUUCUUGCAUAAGUUGCAAAAGGAGGGCGGGAAUGAGGACGGAUCCAGGGAUCUACAAGCAUUUCUGCGAACCAUACGAGCGAUGAACCCGUCGGUGGUGACGGUGGCAGAGAGGGAAGCAAGCCACAACUCGCCAAACUUCAUGCAGAGGUUCGUAGAGGCGCUGGACUACUACAUGGCAGUGUUCGAGUCAUUGGAGGCGACGCUGCCCCCGACAAGCCAGGAGAGGCUGGCGGUGGAGCAGGUCUGGCUGGGGCAGGAGAUCGAGGGCAUUGUCGGCGGGGAGGGUGGCGGGCACGAGAGGUCAGAGCGAUGGGAGAAUGUACUGCGUGACGCCGGAUUCUCAAGCGUUCAGCUCAGCAACUUCGCGGUGUCGCAGGCGCGGCUGCUGCUCCGGUUGCACUAUCCUUCGGAAGGCUAUCAGGUGGAGCUGGUGAGGGAUUCCCUCUUCUUAGGGUGGCAGAACAGGCACCUCUUCUCCGUGUCUUCUUGGCGUUAAAGAACCCGGAGGAGGAGAAAAAGGAAGUUCCACACGUUGCUCAACUACAACUAUUGUUGCCAACCUACUCGUUCUUUGGUUUCGCGAUGAUUAGCCAAACCAUAUCAAAUGGGCAAGUUUCGCACAUCGAUCUAUGCAUAUCGCUGAGCGUUCGUUGUGUAGACCAUCAUUAGACACCCUGGCUGGAAACCCUAACCCUAGCUUCUUCCAUAUUCUACUGGGAGGGAGGGAGGACAAUGCGGAUGCAAUGCACGUUGCAUGGGAAGUCUCGGAAGUUGUGAACACCAAAAGUCGUCUCCUCCUGCUUCCCAAGCUUGCAGUGGCAUCUUCUCUUUUGCUUGGUGCAUGCAGGAUGCUUUUUCGUGUAAUAAUCACGCUUGGUCACCACUAACCAGUAUCAUACAAUAUGCUUGAUCAGCAAAGUCUCCUCCCAUAAACAAAUCAAGGGAAGAAAAAGCUACAAGAGGCUAGAUGUGUUAAGAUUUGAUCUACGAGAGCAAUCAUGGCGUAGUGGAUAGAGAUCCUCGUCGAUAGAUUAGGUCGAUCCCUUGUGCUCCAUUCCUGUCUUUCUAACCUUGUUUAUAUCUUGUCUUUGUGUUCCCUCAAAUCACCAAAAGAACAAGGUUACUCACAAGGCCAAAUUUGGUCACACAAGU